CCCAUGUCUUUUCCUCCCUUUCGCUCCAAAUCUCCCUUUUCCGGCCUUCUCCGGAGCCGGAGCAACAUUCCCGGCGAGAUCCCUCCGUCCGUUGCCAUUCCGACGACCAAAACUGGAUCCCAAGGUCCCUUCUCAAACCUGCAGGAUUUGGAUUGAUUUCUUUCUUGUAAUUGGUUGCUAUGGAGUCUUUCAAAGAAGGGAAUAUUGGGACUAAAGCUUCUAUCCCUCUUAAGUACAAGCCACGGAAAUCCUCCACUAGAGGAGGCGCGACAUCCUCUAUGCCCAGAGUCAGAGAUCCAAACAAUGACAGUGUGCCUGAAGCAUCAGGACAACCCUUAAGCCUUAAACUCAAGGAAUCAUCAAAUGUUUUGUUUGGACAGGAAACUACUGGACCAUCAGGCACUAUGACUAGAAGGGUUCCUUAUUCUGUUGAAGUUAAUAAUCAGCCUGUAGUUGCUUCUGCACCAAACAAUUCAGCAGCUCAAGAUGGGUCUUGGUUGUCACUGAAAUCUGAUCAAGUGAAAGAGCAAUCACCUAGAAGGCACUCCUUUUGUUCCGGAGUCUCUGCAGUUCAUGAUUUCCCAAUUGGAACUGGAAAAGACACCACAACUGGUCAUAGUAUCCCUGCAAGACCCCGAAGUACGGAUGACACAAUGGUGCUUGUUGGUGGUUCAGAGAAGGGUCCUCUGACUGGAAGUUGUGAUGAAAUAGUUAGUUCGUGGAAUGAGAAGAAUGGCAAAAAAUCUGAGAGUUCACUUGGAAGACGGCCCUUUUGUUCUAGAGUCUCAUCUGUUCGUGAUUUCCCUAUUGGAUGUGGACAAGUUAUUGCCGAUGGAAGCAUUCCUGCAAGAAAGAGAAGUGCAUCUAAUGCAAUGGUGCUUCUUGGGGGAGCAGAAACAGGUUCUCUGGCUGGAUGUUGUGAUGAAGUAGUGCCUUCAUUGAGUGAGAAGGAUGGCAAAGGAGUUGAGAGUUCUACUGGGAAGAAAAUGAAGUCAGCUAACAUUGAACUUGGCAUGAAAGCAGAUGAGAGUGAAGCGAGAGCUCCCUUAGAUAAUGAAGAUAAAGAAUUACCUCGUGAAGAAGAUGAAUCCAAAACCAUUGUGAUUACUGACCAUGCCAGUGAGAUUGAGAUAAGUAAAAAAGUCAAGGAUACUUUACGUCUUUUUCAAACGAUGCAUAGAAAGCUUUUGCAGGAAGAAGAAUCUGAGCCGAAACAGACCCAAUGUAAUCGUGUUGACCUAAAGGCCUUUGGUAUUUUCAAAAGUAAAGGGAAAUGCUUGGGCAACGGUGGUAAGUUUAUGGGUAGCAUCCCCGGUGUUCAAGUUGGGGAUGAGUUCUUUUGGAGGGUGGAGAUGUGCACCAUAGCCCUUCACUGUCAACACAUGGCGGGCAUUGAUUACCUUUGGCGAGAUGGAAAGCCAUUUGCCAUUAGUGUUGUCUCCUCCGGUCGUUAUCCUCAUGCUGAGGAUGUAGCCACUUCAGAGGAAUUGGUAUAUUCUGGCUGCGGUUCACCUGACAAAGAUCAGAAGCUUGAACGUGGAAAUCUAGCCCUCAGAAACAGUAAGGAAGCACAAACACCUGUUCGAGUUAUCUAUGGUUUUAAACAAUACCACACCAAUGACUCACAGGAGGCAAGGAUGGGCCACAAGUCUACAGUGACAUACAUCUAUGAUGGCCUCUAUUUAAUCGAGCGAGAUUCAUAUGAGAAGGGCAAGAAUAAUCACUAUGUCUUCUUGUUUUACAUGAAGAGGAUACCAGGGCAACCUGAGCUUCCUAUCAAAGAACUUUUGAGGUCAAAAAGGUCAAAACUGCGUCCAGGUCUCUGCAUGCAAGAUGUUUCUCAAGGACAAGAGAAGAGACCCAUCAAUGUAGUAAAUACCGUUGAUGAUGACAAGCAAAUGAUGCCAUUUGAAUACACCCAGAAGAUGAUAUAUCCUUCUCAGCACCGACUGACUGCCUCAGAAGGUUGUGACUGCAUCCGUGGUUGCCUCUUUGCAAACAACUGUUCAUGUGCUCAUAAAAAUGGAGGGGAGAUUCCUUUUAAUCACAAUGGUGCAAUAGUUCAAGCAAAACCCCUUGUAUAUGAGUGUGGCCCUUCUUGCAAGUGUCCUCCGUCUUGUCCCAAUAGAGUUAGUCAACAUGGUAUCAAGUUUCCAUUAGAGGUCUUCAAGACUAAAUCAAUGGGUUGGGGAGUGAGAUCACUGAAAUCCAUACCAUCUGGCAGUUUCAUUUGUGAGUAUGCUGGAGAGCUGCUAGAAGAUGAAGAGGCUCAGAAAAGGGACAAUGAUGAAUACUUGUUCGCCAUCGGGAACAACUAUCAUGAUGAAUCUGUUUGGGAAGGAUUAUCAAUGUGUAUACCGGAACUGAAAAAGAGUGCAUCUUUCCAAGGUGUGGAGGAGAAGGGCUACACUGUCGAUGCAUCUAAGCACGGAAAUGUUGGCAGGUUUAUCAACCACAGCUGCUCUCCGAACCUCUAUGCUCAGAACGUGCUCUAUGAUCACGAUGAUAAGAGCAUGCCUCACAUUAUGCUUUUUGCUGCUGAAAACAUUCCCCCCUUGCAGGAACUGACAUACCACUACAAUUAUGCUGUUGAUCAGGUGCAUGAUUCUGAUGGUAACAUUAAGAGGAAGGACUGUCAUUGUGGCUCGGACGAAUGCACUGGGAGGUUGUAUUGAGGGAAUGUGUGCAUGUCCAAGUGGUAAUUUCAGAAGAGAGGUAAAUUUUUGUUUUGAUCUUCUGAAUGUGUAAAGCGUUUGUCUGAAUUGCUUGGCAGAUUCGUCUGAAUUUGUCUUUUUUUUUACUGCCAAGUUGUUGUCUCUGUUGAACACUCAACGGAAUUUUGCAGACUUUACCCUUGAAUAUAUAUAUCCAUACUGCAUA